AAACAACAAUAAAAGUUUAAGUACUCGUCUGCUCCAAAGGCAUUAGCAUUACAAUUCCGAAAAGCUGAUAAACCGAUAAAGCCGUAGUCACACGGAACACCGAAUACACACAAUGCUCAAGUUCCAGGUCCAUUCUCCGGGCAAGGUCAUCCUCCAUGGCGAGCACGCAGUUGUCUAUCAUCGUCCCGCCCUCGCCGCCGUUGUGGGCCUGGGCACUACCCUGAGAUUCCGCCAGCUGGAGGCUAGCCAUGUGGCAAGUUUCCAGCUGGAGGCACUCAACUGCACCCUGGAGAUCCAGUUGCCCGAGUUCAACGGCUUCCUGGCUGAGUUCAGGAGCAAAUAUCCUUCGGAUAGCACAGCUAAACUCUUGGAAGCCGUUCGUGCAGAGGUUUCGAAGCAGCUGGAACGCUCCGGAGGCAGUGCACCCAAGCAGCACACCCAGCGGGCCUUUGUCUCCAUCUACUAUUUGCUGGCCGGCGCUGUACUCUCCGCACCCGGCGAUCCGAAGCUGACACUGCAAACCGGUUUCCAGGUGCAGGUAGACAGCCAGUUGAACGUGGGCGCGGGUCUGGGCAGCUCCGCCUCUUUUGGCGCCGCCUUGGCCACCACUUUUCUCAUCUUGGCCGGGCACUUCGACGCAGACAGCUACUUGGCGGAGGAAAACCAGGCUCUCAUCUCCAGCUGGGCCUUCGAAUCGGAACGCGUUAACCACGGCACGCCCUCGGGUCUGGACAACACAGUGUGCACCUACGGUGGCAUGUUGCGGUACGUCAAGGGCCAGGGCUUCCAGUCGCUGAAGAUCCAGAAGCCCCUGAACAUCCUGCUGGUGGACAGUCGUGUGAGUCGCAGCACCGCGGACAUUGUGGCCAAGGUGCGUCACCUGGGCGAGGCCUUCCCGCAGCUCAUCGAGGCCAUUUGGCAGGCCUGCGAGGAGCUGGUCACCGCCGCCGUGCCGCUCUACGAGAGCUUUGGCAAUGCCCAGGACGACAGCGCCAAGUUCGAGCAACUGGAGCGUCUGUUCCAGAUCAACAACGAUCUGUUAAAGGCCAUUGGCGUGUCGCAUCCGAAGCUGGAGCAGAUCUUCACCAUCGCCUUCAAGCGGGGCUUCUUCUCGAAGCUGACGGGCGCCGGUGCCGGUGGCUAUGUGAUCGUCCUGCUGCCGGAUAACUAUGAGUGCAACGAGGUCUACUGGAAGCUCAAGGAGGAGCUCGAAUCGGCGGGCUUCGGGGUCCAUGUGACGACGGCCGGUGGCGAAGGAUUGCGUGUUGCCCCGCUGGAUGACUGAUGCGGAAUCGUUUUGUAUUGCUAUUGUAUGUAUUCGUGGUUUUGUUAUAACUUAAAAAUAAAGAUUUAUACAUGUAUUUUGUACGGCAA